AGACAGUGACAGUCGUGAGUUUCUGGAUUCUCCAAACUAAAACCCUAAAGCUUAUUCUGUAAUGGUGUGUUUGAGUUGCAAAAAAAGAACAUCAUUAUAUCCUCUUCCAAAUACAACAAAAAAACAUAACCACCACAUACAAAACAACAAAUCUGUCUCUCUGUCUCUCUGUCUCUCUGUGUUUUUGGUCCCUUUUUACCAAGUUUGACUCAUCUUUUUAGAGAGAGAGAGAGAGAGAGAGAGAGAGAGAGAGAGAGAGGGAAACAGAUUCAACCCAUGAAUCAAUGCAGAGAUAUUGGAAAUAAAGUAAACUAUGGUAAAACCAGGCAAACAAGUUCUGAACUUUUUCCUAUUUCGAACUGUUUUACACAACACUCUCCUCUCUUGCUCGAGCCCCUACCUUCUUCUUAGCCUAAAAGGACAAGGGUUUUCUUGCAAAUCCCUCAUGUGUCCAAGAAACUGCUAAACCAGAGUUUUUCAUUUUUUGUUGCAGAAAACAGAGGAUUCUAGGUGGAGAGGAGGAUAUUGCUUCCUUCAAGCACUUCCUUUCAAACUUACUGCCUUUUUCUAUUCAUCAGAAAGAGUGAGCAAGCUAGCAAGCAAGCAAUCAAGAACCUUCUUGAAAAGCCGGAUUUUCUUUUAUCUGAAGCAAUCCCAUUGUUUUACUUGCUAGAAGAUGAAAUGGGCAUUUGAAUAAAGGAAGAAGAAGAAGAACCUGCUGCUGUGGCUUUGGCCAACGAGGAAAUGGGUUGUGUUGCCUCAAAGUUGGAGGAAGAAGAAGAAGUAGUCUCCAUCUGUAGAGAAAGAAAACGCCACAUAAAGUUAGCUGUUGAGAGAAGGUAUGCACUUGCAGAGGCACAUAGUAAAUAUUGUCAAGCUUUAUAUGCUGUUUCAGCCGCCAUUAAGCUCUUUGUAGCUCGCCAUUCUUCUCCUUCCCCUUUCCUCAUCACAUUCCCUCCUACAUGUUCUUCUUCUUCUCCUCCCCCUUCAGAAAAAGUGAUAUCCAAUCCAAUGUUUCUUCAGCAAAGGCCUUCAGAUUCCACCCAUGAAGCCAUACCCGCCUGCCCUUCAUGUGCUUGUUCUUCUUCUUCAACCUCCACAGAGUCCUCCAUGGAAGAAAGAGAAGAAGAACCAGUAGAGGAGGAGAGGAUUGAACAGGUCCCUGCAUAUUUCUAUAUGCAAAUGCCACCCCCAAUGCCAUCCCCUCAGAGGGAGUUUAGUUGGGAUUUUUUCAAUCCAUUUGAUACCAUGAGGACCGAUGUCGUCGCCGGGUAUCACCAGAGCUCAGAGGAGGAAGAAGGCAUUCCAGAGCUGGAGGAAGAGACAGUAGAGAAAAACCAGAGAGUUGAGGAUAUUGGAGAGAAGGAAGAAGAGAGUCAGUUGAAGAAGAAGGAGCUAAGAGUCAUUGAUACACCUGUGGAAGGAAGGGAACUUUUGGAAGCAUUGCAGGAUGUUGAGGAUUAUUUCAUUAGGGCUUAUGAUUCUGGAAUUGAUGUUUCUAGGAUGUUAGGGGCCAACAAAAUUCAGCUUCAAUCUGGUUUAGAAGAAAUAAAAGAGAACUCGACAAAACUCAUCCAAGCGAUAACUUGGCACCGGUCUGUUUCGGGCAAGACUUCAUCAUGUAAGAGUCUAGUAGCAUCCAGUUCGAAAGGUUCUUCGCCAUGGACGGAGUUUAGUAAUGAGCUGUUUGAUGAUUAUGACAUAAUGGACUCGGGAAGCCAUUCGUCGACUCUCGGACGGUUAUAUGCUUGGGAGAAGAAACUCUACGAAGAGGUCAAGGCUGGGAACAGCAUGCACAAACUGUAUGAGAAAAGGUGUUCACGACUAAGAAACCAGGACGUUAAAGGGAGCAAUGGAAUGACAACUUAUAAAACUCGGGUUAUGGUUAAAGAUUUAUAUGCCAGGAUCUUGGUCGCCAUUCGAAGUGCUGAAUCAAUCUCGACAAGAAUUGUGAAUCUAAGAGAUGACGAGCUACAACCUCAGAUCGUAGAGCUAUUAAAAGGCUUAACAAGAACUUGGAAAAUCAUGUUGGAAGUUCAUGAAACCCAGAAAAAGAUUAUCCUUGAAGUGAAGACUUAUUCCUGCCAUUCCUAUCUGAAGUUCUGUAACGAAUCUCACCGUCUUGCAACUCUUCAGCUUGGAGCUGAGCUUCAGAAUUGGCGUUUGUGUUUUUCAAAAUAUGUUGAAUCACAGAAGGCUUAUGUUGAAGCUCUCCAUGGAUGGCUGACCAAGUUUGUAGUGCCUGAGGUUGAGUUCUGUUCUCGGGGUCGGACUUCCGCUGUGCCUUAUGGGCUGCACGGACCUCCAUUGCUUUCAAUCUGCCGUGAUUGGCUAUCAUCCAUGGAAAAAUUACCAGAUAAACCAGUAGCCUUUGCAUUGAAAAGCUUUACAAAGGAUAUGAAGGCUCUAUCAGAUAAACAGAUGGAGGAGCUGCAGCAAAAGAGAAGAGUUGAAAGCUUGGCAAAGGAACUCGACCGACAGAUACUGUCAUUCCAGAAAACAGAGAACAAGUUCCUCGAGUUCAACUUUACUGAGACGAAAUCCGAGUUGGAAGUGGAAAAUCAGAAUGAGUACUUGACAGAAAAGAAAGAUCAGCUGGACAUGUUCAGGAAGAAGCUUGAUUUGGAGAAGGAAAAACACAAUAAUUGCAUUCAAGAAGCACAGAGGAUUACAUUAAAUGGAAUACAAACAGGGUUUUCCUCAGUUUUUGAUUCCUUAUCAGAGUUCUCCAAGGCUUCACAAAAAAUGUACGACCACCUAGUGAAUUACAGUGAGAAUGCCAAUAAAUCUAAGAACAUUAACUAUAUCGAGGGUUCCUCCCAAACUGAAGAAAAUGUAAGCAGAUAAUGAAAGAAAAACCAGAAAAUGGUUGGUUUUUCUUGGAGUUCUGUAAAUUAUAUCAUGUCGAAGCAGCUCGCUAAGACAUUGGUUUGUAGUUUUAUUCCAGCAUCUCCUCCUAGAAAAUUGUUAAGAUUUCUGGUAGAGGCUUUUCAUGCUCACAAUUUUGUAGCAGAAGGUCAAUUUAUUGCCAUUUCUACAU